AUAGCCCACCAGCUGCCCCCCCACUGCAGCAGCUCAAGCAGCUGCACAGCAGUAGGCCAUCAUCGCUCGCGAGACACACAGCUCCCACGGAUGCCUUGCGCCGCGGGUUCCCGCUGCCUGGCAACGCCGGACCACACACCCGCCCCCCCACUGUUUACGAACCACCCAUGCCGUGUCUGCGGAGGCUACCUUCAUGGACUGUGCGGUGUGCAUGACCCGCUUGGCGACAACGAGAUGCACCGUGUUUGCCACGAAUGUGAACUCGAGCAACCGCAAGGAAUCAAGCACAGACUCGACUGCUGGAGCUGCAUCUUCGAAGCCCCCCUGCCCGGACGGGCGGGCAACGGGGAAGGAGAAGCGAGCGGGUGCACUGGGCAGCUUGAAACCCGUUGGCAACACCGCACGUUGGAAAGUUCGUAGCGCCGAAAACCGCAACGACCGACGCUCGAAGACAAGGUUCGGGCGCUCGACCUUGUGAAGAGCAUGAGCGGCGUAGCAAUCGCGAAGGAUAUGGGGAUCGGGGUGAGCACCUUGUACGGGUGGAGAGCUAAGGAAGCAGACAUCAGACAACAGGCAGCAGUCUCCAUGCCCGGCGCCAAGUCUACGAAGGGGGCUGAGUUUGCGAAGGUGGAUCAAGCAGUCAUGGAAAUGUUGGUGCAGGCGAGGGCACUGAGAAUGCCUGUCGACCGGGACGCGAUCCAUUCGGGCGCAAAGCUCGUCCACAGCGGCUUCAACCCGUCCGAGGGGUGGGUAGAGAAGUUUGUCAAGCGCAACGACCUGCACUCCCGUACACUUCACGGCGAAGCAGGUCGCCUCAGAGUAAUCCGCGAGACGUGCGCUCAGUAUGUCCCAGAAUGCGUCUACAACGCCGACGAAACCGGGCUGUGCUACAGGAUCAUGCCCAAGGCUACAUACCUCGCACCAUCAGAGCUCAAGAAGACCGUGCGAGGCGUGAAAGGUAUGAGAGCGAAGGAUCGAGUCACCGCCUACAUGGCUACGAGCGCCAGCGGGCGUAAGCCCCGGUGCUUCAAGAUCCGGGGCUCACCCAUCAAGUACUUCAGCCAGAAGAACGCGUGGUCGGUUGCGCGAGUGUUCAAGCUGUGGUGGUCGCAAGUGUUCCUGCCGCACGUGCGCUCCGUCACCAGCGAAAAGGUUCUUCUCAUCAUGGACAACCACAGCAGCCACGCCGACCUCGUAGACCCCAAGGAGCAGUUGAAGAUUCUUGAGCUGCCACCCAACUGCACGAGAAAGCACCAGCCCAGGGAUGCCGGGAUCAUCGCAGCCUGGAAAGUGCGGUACAGGACGAAGCUGCUGGGGAUUCGCGUCGACACGAUGACGUCGGCGGCUCAGCUACGGGAGCAGGCGAAGGAACGCAAGGUGAUUCGGGGCUGCAUGGGGCUCGCGGAAAGAGCGCAGCCUCACAUCCUGGACGCAGCUGAGCUAGGCCUCGAGGCGUGGAAGGAAGCUUUGCCGGAGACAAUCAAGAGGUGCUGGAGGAAAUUUGACAUCCUUCCUCCUGCGGUGAACGCGGACCUCGACCAGGACGUGGGAAAGAAUAUCCGUAACAAGAAGGAGAGUCUCCAAGAGUUGACGGACUUGGUGCAGCGUCUUUCUCUUGAGGCGAAGAAGACAGCUGUCCAUGAAGACCUUGGCGAGGCGCUUAAGGGUCUGGGGUUGGCACCUGGCGCAGCGCCAACCCGGGCUUCCAUGGAAGCCGCGCAGACAUGGUUGCGUGUAGAGGAAAAAGAGGGUGUAGCGGAGGCGAUUAUUGCAGAUCUGAAGGACGAUCUUUGUGAGGAGUCGCUUGCCCACCUGAACAUGGACCAACUGAACAUAGACUCGGACGACGACGAGGCCGACUCUUUGGCGGGAGACGAGGGACAGUGUACGCAGCCCCUGGUCUCUCCUCGUCCGCCACCGUACGCUGACGUAUCUAGGCAGUUCGGAGACCUCGAAGAAAUAGCAGAGAGGUGCAGCAUGGCCGGGGUAGCUUACCAUCUUCGCAAGGCGAAGAUAGCCUGGAUGAGCGAGGCUGGGUCAAAGAAAACGAAGCAAACAUGCAUGGCAGACUCCAUGUAAAGUUGCAGAAGCUGCCCGCAGGCGAUAUUCAUGGACGUCUUUCUUUUUUUUUUAAGGGGUGUGCUACUUGUACUGCUGUCGGUGCUUGAGUNCGUUGGUUUCUUGGGUUUGUGUUAUUUGUACGGCGAGUGAUGUUUUGAUAUUGUGAAGCUCUUUUUUUUCGUUGACUUGUGUUUUUGUCGGGGGUUUAAAUCGAUGGGAUGAGAGGUAUGAGGGUGUUAUGUUGAGGAUACGGUGGGAGGAAGGGGUGCAUUGUGUAAACGGGUGCGUCGUUCUUGAGUGCUGGUGCAUUCGUUGCCUCGUGUUGUCCUUCUAGAAGAGGUGCGACUAUGAAACACAGCUAUAAAACAACUCAACCAAAAACCUUUUACGUGUCCACGUGCAAAAUGUGCAUCGCAUCACACAACGAUGAUUUAUUUUCCGAACGCAGAUCCACCAAAAGCGUACCACGUACAGCAGUACUUGGGUCCACGUGCUUGCCAACCAAGAGAAUGAGCGGUGUUUGGAGGUAGCCCGACGUGGUAACGCUAGCUGCUAAGUGACAUGCAUGAUACGCUCUCUUCAUGACCUAUUUUGGCAUUCGAGUGUAGUCAGUGCGCGAGAGUCCCUGUUUCACGACCUUUAGUUUUGUCUACGAUAUAAGAGAAUAUUCUCUUAUAGUGAGAUACUGUUCAAGAGAAUUCUCUCUUAUACCGUAGCCAACACGAUAUAACAGAAAGCCGGAUUUAAGAGAGUGAAAUUGGCUUGUACCGACCCUCUCUUAAACCGUAGCCGC